GCGGAAUUUAAGGCAAUACUUAUCGAGCAGAUGAUGGUCGGGGAUAAGGAGGACCUCCAGGACGCAGGGUCACGCGAGGGACGCAGAGCGGGUCAGGACGAGGCUAGGUAUGUGGGGAAGGAUGAUAGUCACAAAGGAACGCCUAGCAAGAAGGGGAAGGACAAGAGCGACCCCCCGGCGGAAGGAACGGAAAACGCUAUGACCCCACCCGCCAAUGACGGCGGCACUAGCAGACUACCCGCCACGCCGAAAGUAACAGGGGCGUGUGACGGACUCUGGAGCCUUAGGGAAAGAGUGAUAGGAUGGUUCAACCCAGAAGGAACACCGAAAACCAGGGAGAAGCAGAGGAAAAGCAAGGAAGGGGAAGGAGCCAGUGCAGCCGGGGAAGCGAAUGGCUCCGAAGACAGUCUCAAGAAAGUAGUCGCCACCCUCAAUAGGAUACUGAACAAGAACCAGGGGUAUCUCGCAGAUGCAAAAAAGAAACUCACAUUCGAUGGGGCCAACAUUACGGAGUUUCUAAUAGACUAUGAGAACCUAGCAACCUUACUAAAAUGGACGGAAGAGGAAAAAAUGGAGCACCUAGGACAGCACGUAUCGCUAAGUUUGGGAAGGGACAUUAUGGCCAUCGUCGCCUCCAGUGGAUAUUGGAAAGAAACCAGGAAUGAGAUGAUGAGGAAAUACCUGAAGGCAGAAAAAAUGGCAACAGAGGCAGAAUUAGCCGCAGUCCAGAGGAAAAACUAUGCGACCUACAACGAUUUCCUGAGGGCAUUUACGUUAGUGGCGCUGCGAAUUCCCGGGGUAACGGACCGCAUAAUGAGUAAAUACUUCCUCACGCAGUUCUUCGAGUUUGAUAAGGAUAAGAUUUUGUCAGCAUACCAGCAAACCAGUAAGUUCGAAUACACGAGAGAUGUGGAUUUCAGCACCGUAGCCGACCUUGCAGAAAAGACAGUGGUUACCGAGACGCUAGCCCUACUUAAGGAGGGGGAGGUCAUAGAUCUGACCGGGAAGACAGGGGAUAAGGUCAAGAAGGGGAUAGAGAGCCUGCACGAACGGGUGCACGGGGUAGAUAGCAAGAUGGACAGAAUGGAAAAUGAGCUGUUAGUAAUGCAGGCGCAAGUGUCCAGACCCGCCCUCUCGCCCCAAGAGGCCGUGGUUCCGGCAGUUGUAGCAAACUGGGGGUUUGGCAGGAGGGACGCGGCCAACGAACAAUGCAAGUAUUGCACCAUGAUCGGGCAUUUCGUACGGGUCUGUCCGAGACUCAAUCACGAUAUCGAGCGGCAGAGGUGCAAUGGGCUAAGCAGGAUUUGCAUCACGCCAGAAGGAGUAGAGGAUGCAGAACCAAUUGACGCCUUCCUAGAGUACGAAGGAGGGACCCUUGUCAUGGAUAAUGAGAUGGCAGAUCCGGCGAUUACAAUAGGACAGUUGUUGAUUCAGACCUUGGAAAAGGGAGCACCUGCAGUAGUGGAAGAACUCAGGGAGGGACCAGUCACCACGGUUAGGCGUAAAGAGGAAAAAGACUCGUGGGGAACAGAAGUAGGGGCCAGAGAGGAACUGAUGACAAUGACCGUGGAGGGGGGAUGGGAUGCCGUGAUGACGCUGGCCGAAACCUGGGCGCAGAAGGAGUGUCAGUAUCUAGUUAACCUCACUCGGGAGGAGCAGGGUACGGAUCAGAAGAAACAUUAGUUCUUCCUCAUACAGAUGUACGAGGGCGUCUUCAAAGAAAUCGGUCUGCUACUUGUAGGGAACAAACAACCCACGGAAGU